AUGGAGCGAACAAUCGAUCAAGAACUCCGUAUGCGACAAGCUACGAUUGAUGACUUGGACGGCAUUACAAAACUUGCUAUUGAAGCCUUUCCUGAUGAUCCAGAACGAGACUAUCGAUUCCCAUAUCGACAUGAAUACCCCGAAGAUCAAUGGAAGUGGACCAGGGUCGAGUAUGAGGGGUUUUUGAAACAGCCCGAAAGCUAUGACAUUCUUGUCAUAGAGGCUGGGCAAAAGAUUGUCGCCUUGGGGAUCUGGGAUGUCUCUGGUCUUACUGGUGUCAAACCAGUCAAACCCGGUGUUUUGGGCGACAACCAACGUCGCGAUGCAAACCUCCCUCACUUGCGAUAUUUCGCGUCGCGCGUAGACGAAGUUUAUGACAUGCAUUUCAGUCAAUUCGGCAGCAAGCAGCUUCACCUUGUUAAUCUCGCAACGCAUCGCGAUUAUCGCAGAAGAGGUUGCGGAGCUGCUCUUUGUAAAUACGGAAUGGAAAAGGCAGAGCGCGAGGGAUUUGUCGCUACGGUUUUUGGGAGUCCAAUGGGGAUUAAGCUAUACACGUCUGUUGGGUUUAAGGUUAUCGGGGCUGAACCGAUGAUCAUGCCUGGUGAUGAGGAGGGAUUAACCACGACUGCAUUAGUUUGGGGUAAUUAA